GCGUAUUGCUAGAAACAUUUAAUAUUUGGAUGAUAGAAUUAGAUUACCAAGAUUCGGAAUUAAAUGUACAAAUUAAAAAUUCUAAGACUGAAAAUAAUAUUUUUACACAAUCUCAAAAGCAAUCAAAAGCAUCUUAUACAAGUAGAUUAUUCAACAUUUCAAAUCUACCAAAAUUUGAUAGUUUACCACAACUACCUACUAUUCUGAUAUCUAAUUUAAUGAAAUUAUCAUAA